AUGACAGUCUUUGCAAACAAGCAAGAUUUCAACAACCUAGGUCUUGAGCAAUUUCGACAGUCGCACACACAUGCCUCGCAGGACUGCUCCAUAUGUCUCCAGCCUCUUGCCGUUCACCCCACCAAAGACGGUAUCCCCGACCCAAAAUGCCAUGCCGCCAUUCGCGUCGCCGCCUGCGGCCACAUUGUCGGCAAAGACUGUCUAGACGCCUGGCUUGACGUCGGUCAUACCUGUCCAACAUGCAAACGCCUACUCUUCGAAGCCACUGGUGAUCCUAUCACACAGAGAGAUAUCAACCGCAUCCUCCGUACACUGGGUCCGAGUUUUGGUGAGGAUGCGAUCAUGGUGGUUGUUGCACGACUUAUGGCCCGUCAGGAACAGGAGCGUGCGCGAAUGAGACAGGCGCAUGAGAUCGAAAUGGAGAAGAUUAAGGCGGAGGAGACGCAGGAAAACUACGAUAAAUUUUCGCUUUCUGACGAGGACUUCUUGGAUAGUGGUGAUGAGAUAGAUUUUGACGAGGCUGACGACGACAAGGAGAUUGAGCUAGGAGAAGAUGAGGAUGGUGACUUCGAGGAAGAAGAACAAGACGAGGAUCAAAACUAGACUUUAUUGGGUUGCUGUAGUUUGUGGGACUUAUAGCAGAUUAUGGCAGGUUUUUGAUGGACGGGCGGCCGCUUACUUAUAGUGUCCAAACCCGUUUUGCUAUCGGACUCUGGAAUAUGACCUGCAUUUCGAGCUAUCGGCGCAAGGAAAUCUAGGCUCCUCUAUCAUCAUUUUCAUCUAAUCACUUACUCUCAACUC